ACCACUGACAGCGCGGAGACGCAUAUUGGACACUGUACACCUCAGCAACUCCAUUCCUCUGAACGGGCCGCGCGGAGGUGCAUGGCCCCAUCCCCCUGUAUCAUGAUGAAUCCUGUGCAGGGGUCGCCGUCGCAAGACGCCAAACAGCUUCAUCAAAAAGAGGAGACGGAUACGGAGGGAGAGGAACUUCAGCCUAAAGACAUGACCACUGACAAAGGAUACAAACUCCAGCGGAGCAGCCUCCCGUUUAGCGUCGAGUCGUUGAUUUCUAAGAAGACCACCUGUCGGACUUCUUAUUCCCCCACAGAUUUAGCUCUGGUCCUGCCGAAGCCCGUGGUUGGGCAAGUCGGUGCGCAGUUCUCUCCAAGGACUCUUUACGCGGAGAGAAAGGUUUCCGCGGAGAGCUCGCAGGGUGUUUCCAGUAGUUCCAGCGAGGACAGUCCGCAGUUUUGUGAGAAAGAUCAGAGCACUUGGUUCCAGACGUCCUCCUUUUCCACUCCGCCUCGGAGUUCAAGUCCAACUCAGUGUACUUUAAGGAAACACAAAAACAACAGGAAACCUCGCACGCCCUUCACUACCUCCCAGCUGCUGGCGCUGGAGCGCAAAUUCCGCCAGAAGCAGUACCUCUCCAUCGCCGAGAGAGCCGAGUUCUCCAACUCUCUCAACCUGACGGAGACUCAGGUCAAAAUUUGGUUUCAGAACAGGAGGGCCAAAGCCAAGAGACUGCAGGAGGCCGAGCUGGAAAAGUUUAAACUGGCCUCUAAGCCCGUCCUGCCCGCCUUCGCGCUGCCGUUCCCCCUCGGAGCGCACAUGGGGUCUCCGGCGUGGGGCCCGUCAAGCGCCUUCCCGAGGCCAAGUCUGCCGGUCCCAGGACUGUUCAGUGGACCCGUCACUUAUGGGAUGUACUAUUUGUCUUAGUAUUACUGUGUGCAUGGGUGCGUGUGUGUAUGUGUGCGUGGUUUUAUGGGGACAAAAACUCUUAUGUCAUGGUUGCAAUACACUUAUGAACGGAGACGAUGCGUUUUUCUACAUUUCUACGGAAAAAUAUUUUUACAUGUUUAAUUUGGAGAGACAUUUUCUUACCUCCAGAAUAAAAACAAUUCAAAUUUGGGGCACAUUUUUGAUACAUAAUUGUGUGCGUAUUUGGGCUGAGUGAGUUUACUUGCUCUCCUCACUUUGAGACAGCGUCCAGCUCUGUGGAUUCACGGGCCUAAAUGACCUUCGGCAAACUUCCAAAAGUAAAUGUCAGGUUUUUUAAACGACAUGCCUUAAAUAUCUCAUUCCAGGCCGCCCGCCGAGCUCCGCAGUAGUUUGUGAAAAUGGACAUUUUAAAGUGUGUCAAGACAUGAAGGCAAGGAUCUAAUGAUGCGGAAGGAAAAAUGUUUCGAAGCAACAGAAAAGUACUUAAACGGUGUCAGUGCCUUAAGACCAGUGUAUCACUUGAAGUAUUUCUCCUCAUUGACUGUUUCUGGUAAAACUGUUUCCCAGAGUUGCUGUUUGGAUAUUUGUAUUUCCCAACAGCGGUUCCUGUCACGAUUUCUAUAUUUUUUGGAGCAAAAUUAUAUUUUAGAAAAACUCAUGUAUUAGAUGUCUUUUUUUUACUCUCACAACGUGGCCUUUAUGGGAGUGAUAAUAGGUUUUCUCUGAGGAAUUUUGCUGUAAAUGUAAAUAAAAUGUAGUGUUCAUAAAUCCCUGCGGCCUCGCUUGAAGAGCAGCAGGGAAAGUGGUAUUUAUUGAAUAUCUUUGUAUCUGUACUGUGUACAUACAUCACUCUAUCUAAAUGUUCAGUUACUUGUAAAAACUGAUUUUAGUAAAUAAACAUUAUACAAG